CGCCGCCGCCGCCGCCGCUGCCGCCGAGCCGGGCCAGGAGGGAGCCGCCCCCCGCGAGGCCGCCGGGCCCUCGGUUUAAAUGUAAGACUGGCUGUUUAGUUCUCCUUCUAAGAGGACGUUGUCCCCAGAGGCCUGGUGGUUACUGCACAUAUAGUGUAAAUAGUGUCGUGCCUGGUACUUAGGUGCUGAGGAAGAUUGGGAGGCUACGUGACCUUGUGGGAACAUUUCUGGCGCAUUGAUCCAACAAGCCACAGAGCCAUAAUGUGGCAAAGCAUCCUUUUUGAGAGGUGAAUGUUACGGAAUGAAGAUGGCUGACAGAGGUGGGAAGGCUGUUCCCGGGCAGGUGUAUAUUGAAGUGGAAUAUGAUUACGAAUACGAAGCGAAGGACAGAAAGGUCGUGAUAAAACAAGGGGAGCGAUACAUCCUGGUGAAGAAGACCAACGAUGACUGGUGGCAGGUGAAGCUGGAUGAGAGCUCCAGAGCGUUUUAUGUGCCUGCCCAGUAUGUGAGGGAGGUCGGCCGCAGAGCCCUGAUGCCGCCUGUGAAGCAGGUGGCGGGGCUGCCGGAUCAUUCUGUGAAACCGCUGCAGAGUCUCCACCUUCAGAGGUCGACGGAAAAUGUGAACAAAUUGCCCGAGCUUUCAAGUUUUGGAAAGCCAUCGCCGCCUGUUCAAGGCACAGGUCUUAUUCGUGAUGCCAAUCAGAAUUUUGGACCCAGUUAUAUUCCAGGUCAGACUGUCAACCUCAGCCUGGACCUGACCCAUAGUGAUGGAAAGUUCAACAGUGACUCACAUUCUCCCAAAGUUUCUGGCCAGAAUCGGACACGGUCGUUUGGUCACUUUCCUGGUCCGGAGUUCUUGGACGUAGAGAAAGCUGGCUUCUCCCAGGAACAGUCUUGUGAUUCAGCAGGAGAAGGCUCGGAACGGAUACAUCAGGAUUCAGAGUCCGGUGAUGAGCUUAGCAGCAGCUCCACCGAGCAGAUAAGGAUAUUUUUGCUAUUGAGGGCCGAAGAGGGGAAGAAGGUCUUUGCAGAUAUGAUUAAGGCGACAACACCUCCAAAUCAAGGGCGGCCAGAUUCUCCUGUCUACGCUAACCUGCAAGAGCUGAAAAGAUCCCAGUCGGCUCUCCCCCCGAUCCCUGGAAGCCCAGCAGUUCAGAUUCACGGAGACUGGGAAACUCAUAAAGAUAGUGCAGGGCGUUGUUACUACUAUAACAGAGGGACACAGGAAAGAACUUGGAAACCCCCUCGUUGGACUCGAGAUACGAACAUAAGCAAAGGAGAGUCCCAGAGUCCGGGAGAUCAAGAGCUUCUUUCAUCAGAAGAAAACUACCACAGCAUUUGUUACAGACAGUCAGAUAGUCAGUGUGGUUCUCCUCCAAGGGGUUGGUCAGAAGAGUUGGAUGAACGUGGGCAUACCUUGUAUACCAGUGACUGUACUAAUGAAAAGUGGCUCAAGCAUGUUGACGAUCAAGGUAGACAAUACUACUACAGUGCAGAUGGAUCUCGGUCAGAAUGGGAGUUGCCAAAGUAUAAUGCCUCAUCUCAGCAGCAAAGAGAAAUUAUUAAAAGUAGGAGUCUGGACAGGCGGCUGCAAGAACCAAUAGUGUUAACAAAGUGGAGACAUAGCACCAUUGUGCUGGACACCAAUGACAAGGAAUCUCCAACUGCCUCAAAACCCUGCUAUCCUGAAAAUGAGUCUUCUCCCUCUUCACCAAAGAACCAAGAUACAGGUCAAGAGAAAUAUGGAUUAUUAAAUGUAACAAAAAUUACUGAAAAUGGGAAGAAGGUUCGAAAGAACUGGUUGUCUUCUUGGGCCGUGUUGCAGGGUUCAUCUUUACUGUUUACCAAAACUCAAGGAAGUAGCACAAGUUGGUCAUUCUGCCGGCAGGGCUCAGUCUCUGAGCUCCUGCUCUCGCUGCUUUCUUCUUGGACAGACUCUGUCAGCCGCCGGCCUGCUGUCGCAUAUGUAAAAUCUGCUCCUGUGUCCGCUGUCACUUUUGGGAGUAAUCAGUCCAAACCAGAGUUCACGGUGGACCUUAAGGGGGCAACGAUUGAGAUGGCUUCAAAGGAUAAAUCCAGCAAAAAGAAUGUAUUUGAGCUGAAAACCCGUCAAGGAACAGAACUGCUGAUUCAGUCUGAUAAUGACGUUGUUAUCAAUGAGUGGUUUAAAGUUCUUAGUAGCACUAUCAGUAAUCAGAUGGUAGAACCCGAUGAAGCGAUUGAGGAGGAUAUACCAGAUUCACCAGGAAUAGAAAAGCACGAUAAAGAAAAGGACCAUAAGGAUCUGAAGAAAUUGCGCUCCACGAAAGUAUCUAGCAUAGAUUCUUCAGAACAGAAAAAAACCAAGAAAAACUUAAAGAAAUUUCUUACACGACGCCCCACUUUGCAAGCUGUUCGUGAAAAAGGUUAUAUUAAAGAUCAGGUGUUUGGAGCCAAUCUUGCUAAUCUGUGUCAGAGAGAGAAUGGCACAGUGCCAAAAUUUGUGAAAUUGUGCAUUGAACAUGUUGAACAAUAUGGGUUGGAUGUUGAUGGGAUUUAUAGAGUUAGUGGCAACCUUGCAGUGAUCCAGAAGCUGAGGUUUACAGUCAAUCAUGAUGAGAAAUUGGACUUGAAGGAUAGUAAAUGGGAAGAUAUUCAUGUCAUCACUGGAGCACUGAAAAUGUUUUUUCGAGAAUUACCAGAACCUCUUUUUACAUUUAAUCAUUUUAAUGAUUUUGUUAAUGCAAUUAAACAAGAACCAAGACAGCGUGUCUCUGCUGUGAAGGAUCUAAUCAAACAGUUGCCAAAGCCAAAUCAGGACACAAUGCAGACUCUGUUUAGACAUCUCAAAAGAGUUAUAGAGAAUGGAGAGAAAAACAGAAUGACGUAUCAGAGUAUAGCAAUUGUGUUUGGUCCCACUCUGUUAAAGCCAGAGAAGGAGACUGGCAACAUAGCAGUUCAUACCGUCUACCAGAAUCAGAUUGUAGAGUUAAUUCUUCUCGAGAUAAAUUCCAUCUUCGGACGUUGACUCUUACUGAAGGCAACCUGUGGAAUAGAAGCCGGAUUUCAUCAGAUUCCAAGUCCUUAUAUCUGAUGUAUUUUAUGUUUGGACCAAGCAGUGACUCUUUGAUUUUGCACUUUUCUGAGGGAUCAGAAGGGAAUGGGAGAGUCCAGAUGUGUGAUAGGCCCUCAUAUUUGCUGCUUUGUUGCAAGUUGAUAGAACUGUGUGUACGUUUGAAUUAAUUUUAUCCUGAAUGUUUGCAUUUCAUACUCUGAAUUUCAGUAAAAAUCACAACUUGCGAUUCCAACCAGUCAUAUACACUGGAUAAUUUGGUAAGAAUACUACAUUUUUUCUCCUCAAACUGGAUAACAUAGAAUUUCUUCUCAUGAUUCAAUAGGUUCAUCACUCGAUAGAACAAUACUUACUGUCAGCUAUUUUGAAAACGCUCCCGGGCAUUUGAAACAAAAUGAAGUAUAUCUGUUUUGAAACCUGUGUAUUUUUUUUCGGGGUUUCUGCAUGCAGUGGCAGUCUGAUUGCUAGGACCCAUUAUAACCCAGAUGCGAUCCCUUGAUGAAGGCUUGCUGUCUUUACGGAGUAGCACAGCAGCAUACUAAUAGUACUUAAAACACUGUGAUUUACUGGAGUUUAAUUUAGCAUAAGCCAGUUCAGGGUAUUUUGGGGCUGUCUGUGCUACACUGACUUGUAGCUAACAAUCCUAAUCUACCUAGUGCCAUACUGAGUUCUUGGUAUGACCCUGUGGAAACCAACGUUAUUUGAUGUAAAUACAGGCUAAAGACUCACUGUCCUUUAGCUUAUGUAUAUAAUUGUGUUAUAUAGUCUCAGAGUACAUUCUAACCUCUCAUUUCUAAUCACGAUAUUGGUAAUUCUCCGUGAAUGUUAGGUUUCCUCCAGAAAUAGGCCGUUAUUUGAGAAAGCUAACUGUGUGCACUUUUAGAUUUUAAUCACAUUUACAGGCAAAUCACUGUAAUGCAAAUGGUACUGGAACAAUGCUGAAUAGACUUGCUAAAUGGUAAAUGCACUACAAGAGGAACCUUUUAGAUUAUUUAAUAUGUACAGAAUACAUUAGAAAAAAUUUAUUACAGAAUUCUAACUCUGCAGUACGAAUAGUGGAAACCCAUAUGGAAAUGAGAGGGAUGUCAGAUCGAAAAUGACAUUGCUAAAUUUGAGAAUUUCCUUUUACAUUACUAUUGUAGAUUGGUUUGUAUAAUAAAACAGGGUUUGGAAGGUUUUGUUACAGAGAGCAUGGUCUGCUGAAGAUUUUUUAAAAUGUAUUUUUCUAGAUUAACUGCUGUAUAUGAAAUGUCUAAUCUGAAUAAAGAAAACUAUAAGAGGUUUAGAGAUUUUUCCAUUGGAAGUGUGCAUUUUGGUUUUUAAUUUUGUUUUGUUUUUGCAUUUACUGGCACACUCUUAUAAUACCUCAUUUAAAAAGAAAUCAACUGAAUCCAGUACUUCCUGUGGCAAAUGUUUUCCUCGUUUG